AUGCCAUCAUUCCACUUGUUGGCGGUCCGACCCGAAAGUAAGAAUGAACGGCCCACUCUACAUCGGCGACCGAUCAAAAGCCAGUCCCAUCUCGAGCUAGAGCUCAUCAAAUGCAACCUUCGGUCUUUGAGCAUAUUGAUGGGCAUCCGAAUGGCCCGGAAUGAGUCGAGCUUCGUGAACUGUCUGACUGAGAUAUCGCCUGUUACCGCCCACCCAAGAGUCAGGAUACCAUUGGGCUUCGCUUCGUUACCUCCCACUAUUGUGACGGACGGCGCAAAUGAGGUUGCAGGGUUCCUUAAACGAUCCCUGUUGUCUCGUCUCAUUGAAGCGGGCUAG